CGACGGCCACGUCUUGGAUAUAUGCACGCCUCAAUGGCUCAUCCACAGCCUUCACCGACGCGCCGGACGGUGUCGCAGAAACAUAUCCUGUAUUCUGAAAUACUGUCCGUCACUUCUAUUAUGCGGAAGAAUUCCCGAUGGGCGUCGGCUACGCACUUUAUGAAUACGAGAGACUCGGCCCUCGGAAGCAACCUAGGGCUCCGAAUAUCCACCGCUGCCCACCAUGACAAGCAUUAUAGGAGCGGAAGCAGGGAAAUAGAUCUUAUGGUUGGAUUCCAGGAAUUAAAACGAGCACUGAGGGAUGUGGAAGACGUUACGAGCGUUCCUUUGCCUACGAUCCUAGGUCCUUUUUUUGCUAUCAUUCGUUCUCCUCUUUCAACCGGGCCAAUCACGUCUACCGCGCUUUCUUCGCUUCACAAGUUCUUCACUUGCGGCCUUAUUUCAUCGCAAUCCGUUUCCCUCGAUGCAGCACUCGUGGAACUCAGCAGCACUGUAUCUCACUGUAAAUUCGAACCUAGUGACUCAUCCGGAGAUGAAGUCGUUCUACUCAAGAUCAUGUCAGUCAUACAGGACUGUCUUUGUGGACACGGAACAGUGCUAGGAGAUGUUGAGGUGUGCGAAAUGUUGGAGACUGUUCUUACGACGUGCUGUCAGAUGCGUCUGAGUGAAACCUUACGGCGCUCUGCCGAAACAACAAUGCAUGCUCUCGUCCGAACUGUUUUUUCUCGGCUCCACUUUUUGGAUGCUGCUGCAGAAGAGGAGAAACUCCGUUGCAAUGAUGAAGAGACCCAAGAUGGCGAGAUAAAGAUGUCAGUGUCGACAGAACAGGACACAGAACAACCUCUGCCAGACCAGUUUCCGACGCCAGUUGUGGAGGAACUACGUCCCCCACCUUCCCCGGUACCUGCUGGUCCCAGGCCUCAAUAUGGACUACCGUCGAUAUUGGAACUUCUCCGCGUUCUCGUCCACGUCUUGGACCCUAACGAUCAGCAGCAUACAGACUCUACGCGCUUAAUCGUCCUCGGAAUUCUGAAUGCCGCAUUGGAGGAAGUUGGCCCUAGAAUCACAGAUUUUCCCUCAUUGGAAGCGCUCAUACUUGAUCCCGGUUGCAAGUUCCUCUUUCAGCUGGCACGAUCGGAAAAUAGCUCUGUCCUUCAUUCCUCAUUACGCACGAUAUCAACCAUGUUUGACACCAUGCGACAACACUUAAAACUGCAGCAAGAGCUCUUCCUGGCGUUCACGAUAGAUCGCCUUGCUCCUGCACUCUCAAAGGCUCAGCAGGCUAUGAACAAGAAAGGCGUCUAUACGGGAUCUCCUAGAUCUGGGACGCCUGGCACCUCGUCUUUGGGUCCAGUCGAUGUCGAGUUACAAUUGGAAAAACAAGCUUCUACUCCGCCUCGAUUACUUGUUCCUCCUGCGCGAGGAGAAACGCGUGAUUUAAGUCUGGAAAUCUUGAGUCAGAUUUCCAGACAUGCUAGUUUUAUGGUUGAUUUAUAUACUAACUACGACUGUGACAUUAAUUGCGAAAACUUGCUGGAACGUCUCAUCGACUUUUUGACGAAAUCGGUGUAUCCAGCAUAUUACGGCGGAGGCUUAGACGUGCAGCAACGAAACGCCCAAUUCCUUUGUCUGGACCUUCUGCUAGCUUUUGUCAAUGAUAUGGCCGGUCGAGCUAAUGGUGCUUCAAGUCCGUGGUCUCCAGAGUUCCCAUCUCCCGAGUCCCUUCUGCGGAAGAAAUCUCAAAAGAAGUUGAUUCUCGCUGGUGCUUCUCGUUUCAAUGCAAAGCCGAAGGCUGGCAUUGCCUUUCUGGAGGAGAAUGGGCUGAUAUAUGCUGACCUGUCCCCGGAGGUCAGUAAAGCUCAGAGUCUGGCAAAGUUCCUGAAGAGCUGUACUCGGUUGGAUAAACGCCUUUUGGGAGAUUACAUAUCGAAACCUGAUAACAUUGAGGUGCUUAAGGCAUUUAUCGGUCUUUUCGACUUCAAAAAUAAACCUAUGGCUGAAGCCAUGCGAGAGCUAUUGGAAACCUUCCGGCUACCUGGCGAGGCGCAGCAAAUCUCCCGAAUAACGGAGACGUUUGCGUCCAUAUAUUUUGCAUCGGGACCAGCUGAAAUCAGGAGCGAGGAUGCCGUCUAUGUCUUAGCCUAUUCUAUCAUCAUGCUCAACACUGAUCUGCAUAAUCCGCAAGUCCGGAAACGAAUGUCUUUUGAGGAGUAUCAAAAGAACUUGAGGGGCGUUAACGAUAAAGGCGAUUUCCCUGCUGAGUAUCUGCAAAACAUCUACGACUCCAUACGCAAAAGAGAGAUUGUCAUGCCUGAGGAGCAUACGGGACAACUCGGUUUCGAGUAUGCAUGGAAAGAACUUUUGACACGUUCACGACAAGCUGGUGACUUUAUGAUAUGCAAUACGCCCCAUUUCGAUAUCGACAUCUUCAAGUCCGUCUGGAAACCUGUCAUAUCGGCCAUCGCCUACGCCUUCAUUAGUUUCGACGAUGAUUAUAUUAUUCAACGGUCUGUCGCCGGAUUCCGACAAUGUGCUACACUCGCUGGACAUUUCCGUCUUCCGGAUGUAUUUGACUUCGUCGUGGUGUCACUUUCGCAGGCGACUAGCCUUCUUUCGGAGUCCGUUCCAGUCCAAAUUCCCAAUUAUCCUGUCGUAGAUGUAGAAGGACAAUCUGUCACAGUAUCCAAUCUGUCCAUCAAUUUUGGGACCAACUUCAAGGGUCAAUUAGCUGCCGUUGUCCUCUUCAAUAUCGUCAAUGGGAAUGGCAAUGCUCUUCGAGAAGGCUGGACACAGAUCUUCGAGAUGUUCCAGAAUUUGUUUCUUCACUCCUUACUUCCAACAAGGAUGCUACAGAUGGAAGAUUUCCUUGGUGGUGUUUCCAUGAUACCUUUGCGUGGAAGUCAGCCGCAGCGUCAUGCAUCACGUAAUGACGGAGGGCUUUUGUCGGCACUGUCUUCAUAUUUGAUGACACCCUAUGCAGCUAGUUCUGAAGCGCUACCCGAGGCUACCGAUGUCGACGUUGAAAACACACUUUGCACAAUAGAUUGUAUCACGUCAUGUCGUCUGGACGAGCUGUAUAGCCAGAUCAUGCAAUUGGAUCUACAGGCUCUUGUUGCGGCAGUUCGCGCCCUAGAGGCAUUAGCGCAUGACCGGACGGUAGCCAAACUCAAACAAGGUUCCGAUGAUGGAAACUUUGCGCCGCAAGAUAAUGACACGUACUCCCUUCCAUACGAUCCUGCGUCGAUAUUCCUGCUGGAGACCAUGGUCAGUAUAGCUUGUCAGACGCCGCAGCACAUCGAAGAUCUAUGGCCAAUCGUAUUCGAACAUUUAUCAAAUUUACUGUCAUCUUCUGAGCAGUAUAGCGUUCUCCUCAUCGAGCGAGCUGUUGUGGGCCUCUUGCGACUUUGUUUGAUACUUGCUCAAAUCCCUUCUCUUCGAGACCAGAUCUAUGUCUCUUUCGAUCUCUUGUCGGGACUGACACCAGCUAUUGCAAAUUCAGUCGCAGAGCAAGUCAUAUCUGGAGUCAUUCUCAUUGUUCAAAAGCAUCGCGAUGUCAUAAGUUCCCAAACAGAGUGGAAUUUAGUCUUUGCCCUUGUUCGGUCAACCAUAUCUAACCCAGAAGCCGCGCGCCUUUCAUUCGAGCUUGUAACUGGCUUGGUGGCUGAUGGACCUCAACAAUUUACCACUGUCGACAACUGUUCAGGGCUUAUCACUCUUUUGGACGAGUUUGCUUCUAUCGCAGGUACUUCCGUUCAAAGUCAGCGACACGGACGACGACACGAGCCAGCGACUUCCGCGAGUUCACCAGCCGUGGAGCGCGGCAAGAAAGCUAUUGAUUUACUUGUCGACCUCAAGAAAUGGGUAUCGACUUUGGACACUUCAAAUCUAUCCAAAGAGAAAGCCUGGCAUCAAUUAUGGCUACCGCUACUUAUCUCCCUCAGUCGACAGUCAUCUAAUGCAUCUCGUGAGGUCCGGCAUAGCGCCAUGAGUCAGCUGCAGCGCGUACUAUUAGGUUCUCACGUUAUUUUCGACGAGGCAUCGGAUGUGCAGACAGAGGAGAUCUUCCAUCGGGUCGUAUUCCCCCUUCUAGAUGAUCUGUUGAAGCCCCAAAUAUUCUUGCGCGAUCCGCGCGCAAUGCCAGAAACGAGGCUACGGGCGUCAGCGCUUCUGUGCAAAACCUUUAUGCACUUUGAGGUUCGGGAGAGUCAGGCGCAGACCGAUAUUCGAGUUUUGUGGAUCCAGAUUUUGGAUCUACUGGAUAGAUUGAUGAAUAUCGAUAAAAAAGACCAGCUGUACGAAGCUAUCCCAGAAUCGUUGAAAAAUGUCAUCCUUGUGAUGAAUGCUGCGCAAAUCCUCGUUCCGCCAUCGUCAAAUGAUGAGCGCAGUCAACGGCAACGGACGCUAUGGACAGCUACCUCUGAGAGGAUGGAGCGCUUUUUGCCUGGUUUCCUGGUUGGUGUGAUACCCUCACCACCAGAACCAGAAUCCGCACCAGAACCUGCGCCGAUUCCUUCAUAGAAUAGCUACGGACCUUGAUACUCGGAUAUUUAUAUGUAUAUGGGUGGUAACUGUAUGAUACGAGCAUUUUCAUUUGUGUUUUAUAAGACAAGAGAGUCAAUCAAGUUGCCAGUUAGGACCCUUUCCUCCAUCGCGUAUGAACAACUCAGCACGUUGUAGAC